CCAGAACCUUGGGUCAGAACUAUAUAUUCUUCAAUUGUCGAAGUGGUUCAUCCAACUGUUAUUGAUGGUAUAACAUUCAGUGCAAAACCAUCAAUAGAGACAAACAUUCCUCAACCUUGGAUUUCUUUGAAUAACCAAGGUCGUCCUAAAACAAUUAAGCCAAAAUUUCAAAAUGGUUAUACUAAAAAUGGUUAUCCCGAUUAUUCAACUUGGUUCAAAGAACCUGUAACCAAAACUUAUGACCAAAAAGAGUUAAAAGCCCAUAAUAUGAAAGAUGGUGACAAAUUGACUCAAAUCGAAUGGAUUGAUGAAGAUAAAACUUAUGUUUCUCUUAAUCCCGUCAUCAGAUGUACCCCCAACAGGUAUAAGAAAAAAGGAAGCACAAAGAUUCUUUCAAGUGAACCAUUUUGUACUCCAACAGAAAAUUCAAGUUUCGAUUUAGAUAAAGUAUAUUUUAUUUCUUGGUAUACAAAAUACUUUAAAAACGCUAAAAAUAUUAGAUUACAUCUCGCUUAUGUUAGUGAAUCUAUUUAUGAGAAAAACUAUUUGAGAAAGAGGGAUGAAAUUGAUUUUGAACCCAAAGAUGAUGAUUUUGAAUCUGAUUCUAAAAAAGAAACUGAUUCUACUGUUGAUAAAAACUUCAACUACAAGCCAAGUGGUAUUGAAGAUGCUUUUUUCACUUCUGAAUGGAUGUUAAAUGAAAAUGGUGACGGAAUGUAUCCAUUGAUAGUAGAUCCUGAUUGGAUUGGUGAAAAAAAUGUGUAUAAAAAAGUUGUAAUUAACCUUCAACCUGAUAAUGUUGCAGAUGAUGAUUUUGAUUUGUUGACAAAUGGAACCAUAGUCACUUUCCGUAAAAGAGCUAAAGUUGAUAAAAAAGAGAAGCACUCAGACAAUGGAUUCUUAGGUGAAUUUGGAUCAGAAGAGAGUAAAUAUAUGAUCAUGAUGGCUAUGCCUACUGUUGUUAUUGUUUUUGCUUGUAUCAUGUACUUUUUGCUUCAACUAUGUGCUAAGGAUAGAGAUAUUUCUGAAAUUAGAAGA